AUGACAGAAAAUUGUAUAUAUAUCAAGAAAUUCGACAACGAUGAUGUUAUCAUUGACACUGACGACGAAGUGCUGAUUCUUGGAGACGAACUAAAACAUAAAGAAAAAUCUCCAAAAAAUGACUGUGAUCGACGUUCCAGGAAGCACCAUAAGUUUCUAAAAAUGCUCAAAAAUGAAAGUCAGGGCGAUGAACCAUGCUCAGGAGCAAAUGUUGUUGACUUAUGUGUCCCCUGUAAGUCAGAAGAUGGUCGCCGAAGCCGCAUUGGAUCUAAGAAAGAGAUUGGAGGACGUCACAGCAGACUGGGUCGACAUCACGGUGGACUUGGACAUCAUCAUGGUGGACUUGGAGCCCAUCACGGUGGACCUGGAGGUCUUCACGGUGGACCUGGAGAUCGUCACGGUGGACCUGGAGGUCUUCACGGUGGACCUGGAGGUCAUGACGGUGGAGUUGGAGCCCAUCACGGCGGACUAGGAAGACCUCACAGUGCAAUUGGAGGCCACAGAAGCCGUAGCGGAUCCAGAAGUGGCCAUGGUAAAAUUGGAGGUCAUCACGGUGGUCUUGGAGCACGUCACGGUGGUCUUGGAGCUCCCCACUGUGGUAUUGGAGCACGACCACAGUACUUUCUUGGAAAACAUCACGGUGGACUUGGAGGUUAUCAGACCGUCUUCGAAGACAAUUACGAUGGAUUUAGACUCCUCUGCAGUAAAAAGAAGAUGUUAGAGGACCUUCACCGUGAAAUGAAGAAAUCAAAAGCUCAUCACGGUGAAGAUAAACAAGCUGAUUCAGAAAUGCACCAAGAAUUGAAAAAGUUGAAAGAAGGUCACGGUAAACUUGGAAGACAUCAUGGUGGAGAUGGAGCUCAUCAUGGUAUGCUUGGAAGACAUCACGGUAGAUUUGGAGGGCUUCACGGUGGUCUUGGAGGCCCUCACGGUGGUCUUGGAGGCCCUCAAGGUGGUCUUGGAGGCCCUCACAGUGGUCUUGGAGGCCCUCACGGUGGUCUUGGAGGCCCUCAAGGUGGUCUUGGAGGCCCUCACAGUGGUCUUGGAGGCCCUCACGGUGGUCAUGGAGGUCAUCACGGCGGACCUGGAAGACACCACGGUAUUGCAAUGUCGAACAUGUUGGAAAGCUAUCACAGUAAAUUUGGCGUACCGUCACUUUUUGUAGCUAAUACUGGACCCGGCCUUACUAUUCAACCUCAAGUAUCAAGCACUGAGUCAUCGUUCAAGAGAAGAGCUUCAGAAUCUCUAUCUAAGAACGAUCAACACGGUCAAGGUGCUACAGAAUCUCCAUCUAAGGACGGUCAAUACGGUAAAGGAGCUUCAGAAUCACCCUUUAAACAUGGUCAUCAUGGCAGAAGGGCUUCAGAAUCUUCACCACAACGUCGCCUUCAAGAAGUUCAUGUACCACCGUGUCCAUACUUUGGUCUACAAGAUUCCUCAUUACUGCCUUCAAAAGAUGGUAAAUGCAACAAGAAAUUGCUAAAGCAGUACCUAAAACGCCAGUUAGCUAAAACUGCUGGUGAAAAGCCAGAAGGCAUGCUACAUGGCGUGAAGGAUAAGCUUCAGAAGAAGCAGAAAGUUGGAGUCGGCAAGAAAGAAGCCUUGAAGAAUUUGUUUUUGAAGAUGGAGAAGUUGGCAAAGAAGCUCGAGAAUGUUCAACAGGAGUUAUACCAUGUUGCUGAACAAGGUAAACAAGAAGGUAAGACUAAGACAUUUUGUUUUGAUUUUGAAAUUUUAAGAAAAAACCAGCCUAGUACUAGUCAGUUUGAGCCUUUGUGUUAGAACUGACUACGGAUUUAGCCUUGGCCUUAGCCUUAGCUUUAGCCUUAGUCUUUAGCCUUAGCCUUAACCUAGCCUUAGCUUUAGCCUUAUCUUUAGCCUGAGUUUUAGCCUGAGCUUUAGCCUGAGCCUAAGUCUAAACGUUUUGCCUUAACCUUUGCCUUAGUUUUAAAGCUCUAGCUCCAGUCUUUAUAACUUCUACUUUACUUCAGUUGUAGUCUUAUUAGCAUUUAGCGUCUAGUCUGGGUCCUAGUAUUAGCAAUUCAGCAAUAACAUUAUUCUACUAACAAUCUACUUUUUUCAAUUUUAAAAUUCAUGUUCAAUUUUAAAUUACUAACCAUAAUUUUCUUCAGAAGUUUCUCCAGCCCAAAAAUCCCCAGCCAAAUGCAGCCAAAACGUCACUUUCUGCCCAGCCGAAGACUUUGAAGUUAUCAUCGUAGAUGAUCACAAUGUUCAAGAAGAGGAACCAAUGGACCAGAACAACAGAAUUGAAGAUCAAGAAGAAGCUCAACCAGUUGUUAAUGAUGGUCAACGUGGUCAAGAAGAAGAGCAAUCAUUUGACGAAGACGAUGAAUUUGAAGGUGUCUUGGUUAAUGUUGGUCCUUCUGAUGGCAAGAGUGAUAAGAAAUUGACUUCUGAAGGUAAAUCGACUUCUGAAGCCAAAUCGUCUUCUGAUGCCAAAUCGACUUCGGAAGCCAAAUCGACUGGUAAUGUAGAAGAAGAACAGGUUUCUGUACCACAACAAAGCUUUUCGACCAAAGAGGACUACAGAAAAUGGCUCAAUGAUCAACUGGAGAUUAUGCGAAAGGACCAGUAA